AUGCCAAUUUCACACUCCCAUCGUAAUGAUGACAAUGCUAUAAAAGGCAGCUGUCAGCAAGGUGGAGCAAUCAGUGUUAAAAUGAAAGCCUGUUUGGUGUUGCUGCUCAUUUUACUACGCUCGUAUGGAGGCCUGGGCAUGACAGAAGACUUGGCACUGUCUCAGAGAUGUCUUAUGGAUACAGUCACUUUUCUAUCUGAAAUAAACAUGGACCAUCCAAAAGAAUAUGCUGUUCACAUGUAUGAUGCCUUUGGAAAAAUGGGAAGCAAUGUGGAGGGUGGUAACACUGAUCAGCCUGGCCUGUUGCAGCUGUGCCAGUCUGCUCAGGCGCCAACCUUUGCUGGACAAUACUGCCAAGUGUUCCUCCGUCAGGGAUCAACUGAGUAUUUUGUGGGGAUAUGUGUCCCUGACAGUUGUAAGGAAGAGGAUGUCCAAUUGCUGGUGCUGCAAGACAGGUUGAAGUUUGGGGGUGCAUCUCUUCUUGCCCCCUUCCCUUCUAUUCUGGUGAAUGACUCCACUCAAGAGGUACUCCUGAUCCACUGUGUACCUGACACUGUUGCCCCAAACAUGUUAGAGAUCACCUGCCUGUUUGUGUGUUGCAUGAUGGUAGCAAUUCCUCUGGCUGCCAGUCUAUUCACAGCUUUUACAAAAUGGCAGCGGAACAGAGAGGUCGGUCCAGCAGAACAGUCAUCAAGUUUAAAGACUGGCCUAGGCCUUUAUGUUGUUUUGAAAUGA